AUGCAAAGCGUGACGGGGAAGGUGGAAAAUGCAGCUGCAGUGGCAAAGGAGAAAGCAGAGAGCUUCAAAGCCACGGAUCAAGAGAAGGCAGAGAAAGCUGCAGCGAUAACAAAGGAAGAGAGACAGAUUGCAGAAGAGCGGAGGAAAGUGAAGGAGUAUGAAGCCAAGAUUAAGUUACAUGAAACCAAAGCGGAGAUCAUACAAGAUAAGCUUCUUCAUAAUCAUCCUCAUCAUGGCAGGCGGCGGCGGCGGCGGCCACCACCUUGGCCAUGA